CAUGGUCUAAUAGGAAAAGGGUUAGUUUGUUUCCUUCAGUUGGAGUGUGUUGGGGAACUGAUUUGAAGAUGGAACGAAGGCAGAAUCAAACUCCAGAAGGCCAAAUAGCUAGGGUUUUGGUUGAAUUUUUAGAAGUGGCUAUUACCGCUGUUGUUUUUCUCAAAGGGGUUUAUCCUUCUGGUGCUUUCCAACGGAGAAGGUAUAGGAAUGUGGUGAUUCAAAGGGCUCGCCAUCCUCAGCUUAGAUAUUACAUACAUGCUACUGUUACUGGGCUUCUACCCUUUGUACAAAAGGGAAUGGUGGAGAGAGUAGCUGUUAUUUUCUUCAAUGCUGACAACAUUCCAUUGGAGAAAUUUGUAUUCAAGCUUGCAAUGAACCAAGCUUAUGGUUCAGAGGUGGAAGAGGUUGAUCUUGAGAUCUCUCUCAGGUCAUUUCUGAUAAAACUGUCAAACUCAGACUCUCUUUCUAAAGUGCUGCCUCCCGAUUGCAGGUGGGAGAUUACUGCUUAUUUUCGAUCCCUACCGGAGACUGGUACAAGCAAAGAAGCAGAGUUGUGGAUCCCAACUGACACAAAACAGUGGCAGCAGCCUCCACUUAUAACCCCUAUCAAAUCAAUGAGUAGUGAACCUCUGUGUUUGCAAUUGUACUUGGAGCAUCCAAGUUUAUCAGAAUCAUUGCUUUGAGAAUAUAAACAUUUGUGGUAAGAAAGUAGGAACAAAUUUUCAUAGAAAAGUUUGAACUCUCAUUAUCUCUGUUUCUUUUAAAGAAAAUUCAUUAUAUAAUCAUCACACUUUUGCUGAAAAUUGCUUCCAGUGUUAUGCAAUGACCAAUUAAUGGUUGUGUUGCAGCUUGAAGGGUUGGUUUCAUGUAGUAUAAUUUAAGCCUAAAUCCACUUUUUAUCCCCAUAAUU